UUCUUUUCUACUCAGGGAAUUUAUUGCAUCUUUAGAGUUGGGGGCUGUCAUGUGUGCAAAUACAGUUAUAUAGACAAAAGUUACGACGUUCCAACAGACUGGGUUACUCCUUUUGAACUUGCUUAAUGGAAAAACAAAACAAAACAAAAAUGUCUUCCAUUUUGAGGAUAUUUUUCCUCAUCUUGGGCGCGUCCACAUGUUCCCAGUCCCUGGCGUCUGACCACGCUCCUCGAACUGACGAAUACCCGUGUGACGUCACAAGCGACUAUGUGCGAGGUGGCAAAUACGUCGAUUGCGCAGCUCGGGGUUUGACCUCACUUGAACCAAACUGGUUUCCCGAGACAGCGACCACUCUAAGCCUUGACCACAACAUGUUGCAUAAUCUGGUCAGUGGAUGCUUCAUACAUCUGUCCGAACUUCAGGUCUUGACCAUAAGUGAUUCCCAAGUCACCACAAUUCAUGAGGAUGCAUUGAGGGGCCUUGGAAAACUAAAGGAAUUAAACCUGGAGAAUAACAAAAUCUAUACAAGUCGACUCCCCAGUACCAUAUUUUCUCACAUUCCUUAUUUAGAAAACUUGUACCUGAAGGGGAACACAUGGGAAAAUGAAGGCACUCUGGAAUAUCCUUUCAGUUCCUCUGUCCCAUUCUCUGACCUAUCGCAUCUGACAAGGUUGUCAAUUGAUGAAGCCUCGGAAAUAAUAUAUUUCGGCCAACCGUUUUCCAAGCUGAAGAAUUUGACGUACCUGUAUGUAUAUUGUCCGCAUUACGUGGUCAAAGGGUCGAACCGCAGCUUUGAAGGUCUCAGAAAUGUGGCUCUGAGAGAACUGGUCCUAGGCGGCACAGGCCAAGAAGGGCAUUUUGAAACAGGAAUUUUGGCCAAUGUUCAAAAUCUAGAUAUUCUUCGAAUUCAUCAUGUCGCUAUUGGAAACCAAAAUAUCAUGAAAUGUUUAUGGCCUUUUGAAAACAAAAGAAUGGUUUUAAUUGACAUCUCGCAUGUGUUCUUGCGCCACCAUCGAGCCACCCCAACAGGAACCUGUAAUGACGGACUCAUGACAAAAGAAUCACUUAAACAUCUCUCUAACAUAUGUCUUUCCCAGCUGAUUUGGGAUAAUUCCAAAGUGGUUGGUAUAGAGCCCAUGGCACUAAGCGCAAAACCAAAUCUUAGAAGAUGUCUGAGGAGUCUUCAAUUUACCAGGAAUUUAAUGGGAGAAAUGGAUCCUUGGCGAAGUUUUUAUUUGGAACUGAUAAGAUUCGAAUCAAUAGAGGAGAUACAAUAUGCUGGUUACGAAUGGUGUGGCCCAGGAUACGAUUUCAAGUUCAGGAAUGAUCAUAAUGUCAGAAAAUCUGGAUACGAGACAAUUCAUAGUUUUAAUACCAAAUCUACAUCUACGGCCCAAACACAUGCGCUUCCACAUUACAGUAAUUCGAAAAAUGGAAAUGAAAGAGAAAAACUUACUACACCUAGUGAGAACAGCUCAUCGUAUGAAACGCCAAGUAUAAGAAUUCCAAGAGAAAGUGAGCGGACGAGAUUCGUUUUACGAUUCCCUAAACAUUUACAGUCUUUCAUUAUUGUUGGUUUUAGUGGGUAUUUCGAGCUUUCAGCUUGGCACAUAAGAGACGCUCAAAAUGUGAAAGAAAUUCGCUUUGUCAGCUGUCACUGGAUUGAAUGGAGCGGCCCCGUGAGUGGAUUGGAAAAUGUCACCUUGCUGGACUUCACACGAUCUCACGUGACCAGCCGUCCAAACUUUGUCCCUCUUCAACAUUUCCCGAAUUUGGAAACUCUUGUGCUAAAUGCCAUGCGGGAGAGCGACUUUAUCGAUCAACUUUUGAAAGAGAGUUGGCUGCAGAAAACGUCAAGACUCCAGCACAUCGACCUACGCGACAACCAUCUCCAUAAAUUACCAAGAUAUGUUUUUUCUUCCAACUUGAUAAUGAAUGCAGUACGUUUGUCGGGUAAUCGGUUGACAUCGUUAGGGUUUGACCUUUCACCUACACCAAGCCUUAGUGUCUUGGACCUGCGCAAAAACGUAAUCUCUUCCUUAGACCUCGCCGCCAGGACAGCGUUAGACACACACGCGCAAAGGAAACCCGACUUUUCUCUUCUGCUGGAAGGCAAUCCCGUAUAUUGUAUGUGUUCUCGGAUUCCAUUUCUUGUCUGGCUCCACACGACGUGGGUGAGGCUGGACAUGUCCGGAAACUACUCUUGCAUCGACGACAGAGGGCAGGACCGGUGGACCGCUGACCUAGUCACGACCAAGGCGUUGUGGCGUCGCUGUGUCGGGAAAAUGGCUCUCCUCGUCUCUCUCUGCCUGGCCUUAAGCCUUAUCGUGGGCUUUCUGGCCGUCUACAUGUGGCGGCGGUUCAGGACUGCGGUGGGGGCGUUCUUUCUCAACAUCCUGGCUCCUGGUUUCAAGUGA